AUGGAGUCGAAUAAAUCUACCCCAUAUUCAAUCAGUGCUUCACAGUUCCUGCGAUUGCCAACAGAAUUACGACUCAAAAUAUACGAAUAUGCACUCUCAGUCCCAAAUGAAUAUCUAGACAGGCCAUUGAUCGUAGUGCACGAUCGCGGCAAUGUCUUCACAGCACGAGGUCGAUACAGAGCUCUAUCAAUGUGUCCAAGCUGGGUUGGUGAAGAUGGCACCGCACGAAAACUAUUCGCUGUCAACCAUCAAGUACACGACGAAGCAGAAGACUACCUCUAUUCCCAACACACACUAUUUUUCCGAAACUCCUUCGAUCUAGAUCGACUAGGUGAUUUUCUCGAUACACUAAGUCCUACAGCACGACGGCGUAUUCGUAGUGUUGGGUUUGAGGUAUUCUUCUUCGUUCACAAUCAGUCUGGCGUGCCGAAACGCACUCUGAAGCAGUAUGAACAUGCUCGCGAAUUACUUGCCCUCAAACUCCCGCAGUUGAAAAACGUGCUCUUCUACAUCGACCCUCGCUUUUACUUCUCUGCCACUUCAGUUGGAAGUCGGGAACUUGCCGCGAGGGGCGUUCUCGAUCUUGCGAAGCGGUUUGGGUCAUUGUGCAAUGUAACUUUCUAUCCGUUGCCGGACCGCCAUCAUUAUCUAGUUGAGAAGGCUCAGCAGAUUCUUUGGCAAAGUCCUUUGUCAAAGAGAUACGCUCAUGUCUAUGGUGGAAUAUCGAUGGACUCGAAGCUGGAUCUGGAGCAGGGUUAUGCAGUGGAGAAAGCGCAGAUAUCGAGCUUACGACCGAUCGAAUCUUUGAAUUGGUUGUGUACCUAG